AUGAAAGUCUUUAAGAGCAAACUCAGCUGCGCUGGUCACUGCCAUCUUCCUGGAUGGGGACCCCGAGACAGGCCACAUCAAUGGCUAGAGACAUUAAGAGCAAAGAUUUCCGAGAAAUACACUCAUUUGCAAAUCAAUUUGGUUUUCACGAGAGACUCAACUGAAUCUCUAGUUUAUGAUAUUCUACAACUGAAAGUGCUGUACACAGGCUGCCUCAUGAUUUAG